GGAGCGGGGCUAAAAGUGGAUAGGGUCGUGACCUCUGAGGCCUCUCCACUUCCACACGAACAGGGACGGUUCGCUGGCAGCAUCCCAGCUGCUCAGCUGUGCAGAUACCAGGCUUAGGCCGGCACGCGUCGCGUUUUCAGUACCUGCGCUGCGAAAAGGUACGCGUACGUACCUUCACGUGCGUGCGCGGAUUCUCUAGGUAACCUCCGCAGUGGAAAGGCCGCGUCCCAGGGAGGUCUCCAGCUUUGGGGAGUGGCCUGGCGGCCCGAGCUUCAGGCUGCGGGCAAAGCAGUGGGCGUGUUUAGGAGUCUUUUUUCCUAAGACCUGUUCCAAAGGUGACCAAAGCCCCUGGCUCUCCCCAGGGGCCAUCUCUCCAAGACGUCUGCCCGUGGUCUAGGCCUGGCGGGAAGGCACAACUUUGAGGGAUGGCGCAGAAGAAGGCAGAGGUAUGGGCUGGAGACAGCACCGUGAAAGGCUCCAGGAUCACGGGAACUCCUGCGCAGGGCCCAGAACUCAGGAGUCUUGAAUAAACCCGUAGCCAACCAGCACUGUGUACGGGUUGUAAGCGACUCUGCCGUGCGCCUAGGAGACCUUCGGAUGCCGGGCGGGGAAAGCGUGGCCCUCAACCCUGAGUUCCCUCCCAGCAGCACGGAGUUCAAGUCUCAAAGCCAAGACGCACAGGGGCAUACUGGCUCCCUCCAGGGUCAGUGCAGUCUGACCCAGGCUGCCUGGGGCUCCCGAACCCUGGGAAGUCCUGUGGCUCCCUGCCCACAAACUGCCACCCCACCGUUGCUUGCCCUUUGUGCUAAUCCGCUCAGCAGUUUUGGAUUACGAACCAGAACGGAGUGUGAGAUGUUUAGAAAGUAGCACAGACCAGAGGCGGAGGAGGAAAUUUGAGGAACUGAAGGAGGGCGCGUGCCUGCCCCGAGUGACCUCGGAGCAACAGGAAUGAGUUGGCCUGGAGGCUGAAAAAAGAGUCUACGACCUUGUUCCUGGACCCCUUCCAGGAGCAGUUUCCUAGAGGCUGGUUUGCAUGAGCCCAUUAGCUCUGUGUGUGGGUUUGGUGUCCCCCGAGGGUUCCAGAGUGAGUUGGUAGGUCUCGGCCAGACGCCAUAGCUCUCUGCAGAUAGGAGCACUUCUGUCAUUCUUUCCUCAAACUGGUGAGAUCGCCCAGUGGGACGCGAAUUGCCUGGCUCUUAGACCUCCCAUCCCUGGCAAGCUCGGCGUGCAGCGCUUAGUCCACAGGCUAGUCUGACCUGAGUAGGGGCUGCCUGAGACCCUUGGAAACCCUCCUGCGACUGGGCUGAAAAGCGCCUCUACUUCCUGGUACGCCAAGCUAAGUGAAACUUCUUGCAGGGAAAACAGGGUUAGAGAGCAGGAUGGAGGCCUGGGGCUGUGCUGAGAGGACUUUAAAGACCGUGCACCUGCUCACAAGUCCAGGCGGAGGUGGCAGAGGUGGCGCACUUGGCGCGAGGUCUAUUGUCAGGGAAGCCAGGUCUCAGACCAGAUACUAAGGGGAACAAGCCCAGGCGGAAAGAUAAACCUCCAGUGAGGUUUAUCUGCAUGGCAAAUUCCGAUGACUCCCACAGUCUAGUGGAGGGGUGCACCUUGGCUCGCUCUACCAUCUCAUUCUUAGACCUGGCCCCAUGUGGGGUGGAAAACAAAUUAGGGGGCUUCAAAUCCCAUACACCCAGCAUCACCACUCCCUACUGGAGUCAUUUGGCAUAUCACUCAGCCCUUCUCAACCUCAGUUGCCUAAUCUGCAAAAGGGGCAUAGUGCCCACCUCUCUGAAGAGUGCGCUCAGGAUGAGAAAUACCACGGAUCUAAUUGUAGGAAGGAGACAUAAAGCCUUCGCCUCAAACUUGAUGCACUACCCGCUAAAGAAAGCCCCUCUCUCUCUCUACCUACUCAAUUUCUGCUUACCUCCCCCACCCCCAAACCCUCCAAGCCUGCGGAGCUGUGCGCUGUUUCUGGUCGGUCCUCCCGAGAGAGGCUGGUGCAAAAGCCAAUAAGCCUGGAACACACGCAGGUCCUGCUGGGCCUGGGACAAUGGUUUCCAUUUAAUAAAUAUUUCCCCCAAGGGCAUUUCACAUUGGGCAGGCAAUUAUUCAAAGGAAACAGGCACGCAGGUUGGCUCCGCGGGUUAUUUCGUCCUCUUUACCCGAAGAAUGCUCAUCUGACGCAAGAAACGAGUCUUGAAUUCUCGCUGGGUGGAAGAGGUGCCCAGGGACAAAUCGACCCUGGGUGCGGAUACAACCUGAGACUCUAUUCUAGGGCCUCUGCAGAAGGGGCAAGGGCAAAGCCCCCACGCCCCGCCGGGAGCAGGCCCAGCCUCCAGGCUGUCCUUCCGGUUUGGACAAAUGUGGGGGGAAAAUUGUAGGUCUGAAAACACUAAAUAAUGAUAUCGUACAUAGGAAUCAUGAUGGAAACCCUAUUCCCGGCCUCUCCACAAAAGUGAAGAGAGGGUCGCCGGGCUGUUCCAAGCAUUUUAAAACUGCACUGCGAGACGGGAGGCCUCCCAGCAAAGGGUUAGAACGCACCGCUGUGCCAGCCCAGGAGCCAGCGCUUCGCCCAGGCGCUGCGUGCUGGGGCAGGGGUGCAGGCGGAGGCGGAGGGACACCCGUGAGAACGCAGCCAAAGGACCCCAAGGGUAUGGUUAGAAAAGUUUAUUUCGCUUUUUAACCUGAGUUUGAUAUAUUCUUUUUCUUUUCCGAGGAUCUUUGACAACGGGGAAAGUGCUGUCCUUGCAUUUCCUGGCGAGGCUGUCCUAUUUAUCAACACGCGCUCUCAGCUCACUCCCUUUGCAGCCCCCUCCCUAAGUCUUUGUAUUUGAAGCCCUAAUUCUGCUUUGCACGACCGACCUGGAAAGGAAACCAGCGCGAAGAGUUUUAUUUGUUGACAGUGCCAGAAACAAUGUGGAAUCCGAGUCCCCAGUCCUGAGCCGGCCGCUCUGUUCUCUCCCUCUCUCUGUCUUUCCCUCACACCUCUCCCCGCCCCCACUAGUCGCGCUCCCUCUUUCCUCCCGGGCGCGUUGGCAGGUGCGCCCCCUUGCCUUCUCUGCAGCUGAUUGGCGCCCAGGUUGGGGAGUCACCGCCCCGCGCUUAUGUCAGAGUGCGUGCUGUCCGGGCCCACCUCGCCUUUGAACUUCGCCGCUUUUGGCUCCCGUUCACCAGCCUCCCCGCAUUCUCAGCCAGGUGCUGUGCUAGGCGAGGUAGCUCCGGGAAAGCCACGGGAGGGGGGGAGGGAACCACAGCGGUAGACACAGGACAGAAGAGAACCAGAGAAGGCGAAGGUGGAGAGGGGGAGAAGGAGGAGCUUCCUGCCCUCGCCAGCAAAUUACCUGGCCACUUAAUCCCAGAGACUCCGGUACUUGGGCCCCAGCCUCCAGUGCCGGCAGCCCCCCGGCCGGCUGCCCUCUCCUCCCCCGCCCUUCCUGAACUCACUCGCCCCCCGGGGCCUGCCUGGGUGCCGGGACUGGCAUGAUCAGCUGAACUUUGCGGGGUUAGCGCUUCUUUCUGGCUUCCCUCCCCUCAGCGGUGCGGAGGCGAGGGGAGCGCAGAUAACCGGCUCAGGACGGACAAACCGGCAGACAGACAACCGCGCCCAGUCUCGCCUGCAGAGCCCCUACACUCCCCACCCCCACCCGCCUAGCCUCCGGGACCAUGUCCAAACCUUCAGACCACAUCAAGCGACCCAUGAACGCCUUCAUGGUAUGGUCCCGAGGCCAGCGGCGCAAGAUGGCCCAGGAAAACCCCAAGAUGCACAACUCAGAGAUCAGCAAACGCCUAGGCGCUGAAUGGAAGCUUCUGUCCGAGGCAGAGAAGCGGCCGUACAUCGACGAGGCCAAGAGGCUACGCGCCCAGCACAUGAAGGAACACCCUGACUACAAGUACCGGCCGCGGCGCAAGCCCAAGAACCUGCUUAAGAAGGACAGGUAUGUCUUCCCCUUGCCCUACCUGGGCGACACGGACCCGCUCAAGGCGGCGGGCCUGCCCGUGGGGGCCUCCGACGGCCUCCUGAGCGCGCCCGAGAAAGCCCGGGCCUUCUUGCCGCCAGCCUCGGCGCCCUACUCCCUGCUGGACCCCGCGCAGUUUAGCUCAAGCGCCAUCCAGAAGAUGGGUGAAGUGCCCCACACCUUGGCCACCGGCGCGCUGCCCUACGCGUCCACCCUGGGCUACCAGAACGGCGCCUUCGGCAGCCUCAGCUGCCCCAGCCAACACACGCACACGCACCCGUCCCCCACCAACCCGGGCUACGUGGUGCCCUGUAACUGUACCGCCUGGUCUGCCUCCACCCUGCAGCCCCCCGUCGCCUACAUCCUCUUCCCGGGCAUGACCAAGACUGGCAUAGACCCUUAUUCGUCAGCCCAUGCCACGGCCAUGUAACCCCCAGCCUAGCCCGCCAGACCUGGAGGGUGGCCUGGAAGCGGGAUCUGCACCCUGUCCUCUGCGCCUAGCCCGGGCCUCAGACGCCUCCGGGUCAGCCGUGCUGCUGCCCGCUACCCUACCCCCAGACUCUGCCUCUCUUCCAGGGGGAUGGUAGGGGCGUCCUCCCGGACCCAAGGCGCAGACAGGUGCCAGAAACUUGCGAACAUAUGACAGCUACACAGCUGCCCUUACCCCAACCGUCCCAAAACAAAUCUCCGACUGUACCCCCUUUGGACAAAAAAAAAAAAAGUAGGCAGUUUUGCUUUAUUUAUGUUUCCUUCUCUCUCCUCUGAUGGGCUUUGGACUCCAGAACUCCCAGAUCCUGGUACUAUAUCUAGAAUAUGCAUAUAUAUUUUUUCUUUUGCACCCUGAAGAGUUAGCUGUGUCUCUGUGAUUUGCCAUCAGACACAACUAGGUGCCAUUUGCUCUUUAUGUGUGGGGGGAAAGGCUUAAAAGUUUAAAACUACAGAAAGGGAAAUAUUUCUAUUUAAAAUCAUGCUAUGAUAGUGUUUGCUUCUUUAAAGGUAAAACAAAGGGACCCACAUGAUUAUUUUCUUUGUAUAAAGCAGUGCUCCUAGAGACCUAAGUUUACUUUUAGACAGAAUGUCGGGUUCUGAAGUCAGGAAGUAGAAAGUGAACAAAAAUUAAAAGAAUAAAAACAUCCUAAAUGGUCAUAAAUGUUUUGACGAUGUCUUGGAAAUGUACCUAGAAGGAUUUCACCUCCUUACUCUGUUCAUUUGUUGAACAAAGACGUUUUGAAUAAAGACAAUCUGUCAUUGCAAAAAGUAA